UCAUCCUACUCUGUAGUGGAGAGAGAGAGGACUGGGUGAUCGCUGCCGGGUUGUGAGUUGUGUUCCGUUACAACCGUCAUAAUACAUGUUGUUGGCUUACCUGCAAAGGAAAUAUGGGCGCGUACCUCUCAGAGCCGGUGACGGAGAAAUUGAGUAGCGACGAGGAUGGAAAAUGGCUUAGUUAUGGGGCCAGCUCCAUGCAGGGAUGGCGGGUGUCACAGGAGGAUGCACACAAUUCAAUUUUGGAUUUUGACACGGAUACUCACCUUUUUGCUGUAUACGAUGGCCAUGGAGGGCAUGAAGUGGCUGCAUACACAGCGCUCAAGUUACCUGACUUCUUCAAGGAUACCGAAGCAUACAAGAGUGGAAAUAUUUCUCAAGCCCUUACAGAUGCUUUCCUAGAGUUUGAUGCUACUCUUGUCAAAGCUGACGUUGUUACUGUUCUCAAACAAAUUGCGGGUACGAAGGACGAGGAUGAAGAUGAAGAAGACAAUUCCGAAUCUGAGAGUGAAGAGGUGGACAAUCUGUAUAGGGAGGCUACAAUGCCCCUUGACGAAGUCAUGGCCAAGUAUGCUGAGAACCCACAACUCAGUAGAUGUAAAAAGGAAAAACUGAAAGAAAAGGGAGUUUCUCCUUUUCUGAAAGCAAAGAGUAAUAGUGUGGUAGCAGAUGGUGAGGAACCAAUCAAAUUUGCCCUUGAUGAUGAGGAACCAGACUCAUCAGUUUCACAAGUGAAUGAAGACUCUAGUACUGAGAACACUAAAGGAAACAGUGAAGGUAACCAAAAUGGCACUAAAGAUGAGACUGCCAUUGAGGUAAAUGGAGAGGAAACAGAACAUAUGAUAAAUGGUGAAGGGGGUGAGGAUAAUGUGGAAGAAACAAAGAUAAAUGGAAAAUCAGAUACAGAAGAGAAAUUAGAAGAGUGUACAAUAGAGAAUGGAAACAUUAUUGUAAAUGGUGAUGACAACCAAGAAGCUGGAAAAGGCAAGGGCAAAAGCAGCAAGGGCAGUAAGGGAAAGGCUUUGUUGAAGAAUUCAGAGGUACUGGCAAUGAAAGUGGCAAAAGCAAAGGAAAAGAGAAGGGAGGCAGCAAUUAAAGCAGCAGAAAUUUACAGAAAAAUUCAGGAGGGAGGUUCUGAGGAAGACCUGAGUGAUGAAGAGGAAGAGGAUGAUGAUAACUUUGAAGAUGAAGGAGGUGAAGAAGCUGAAGAAGAAGCUGAGGGUGAAGAAAGUGAGGAGGAGGAAGAGGAGGAUGUAGAAGCAGAAGAUGAUGAUGAUCCAUAUACAGAAUUUGCCAUGAAUAUGAAGGAGGAGCCUGGCUUUGACAGUGGUUGCACAGCUUGUGUGGCCCUUAUCAGAGGGACUGAACUGUAUGUUGCCAAUGUCGGCGACUCUCGUUGUGUUGUAUCAAGAGAUGGAAAGGCCAUAGAAAUGAGCUUGGAUCACAAACCUGAAGAUGAUCCAGAGGCUGCCAGAAUUAUCAAAGCAGGAGGACGAGUAACAGCCGACGGGCGUGUUAAUGGAGGGCUCAACCUCUCACGAGCAAUUGGGGAUCAUGGAUACAAGCAGAACAAGAACCUGAGCCCUGAAGAACAGAUGAUAAGCCCUUUGCCUGAUGUGCGUUCGAUGACACUGGAACCCAAAGACAGUUUCAUGAUUGUUGCUUGUGAUGGAAUCUGGAAUUCCCUCUCCUCUCAGGAAGCUUGUGAUUUUGUCUCUAAGAGACUUUCUGAAGAUAAGAAACUCUCAGAAAUAUGUGAAGAACUGUUUGAUCACUGCCUUGCACCAGACACCCAUGGGGAUGGCACAGGCUGUGACAAUAUGACCUGCAUCAUUGUGAAAUUCAAAGAUAUGAAAGUGCAAUCAUGUGGACGCUGGAAGAGAACCUCAGAACAAGCAGGCAAUGAUGAACUUGCACAGGACGGAAAGAAACUCAAAAGUGAUGGUGAAUAAUGACCACUUUGGCUUAGGAGAUUUUUAUUUUCUAUUUUAUUUUGAAGGGUGGGAACUUGGGGAGGGAGGGAGGGUAUUAUUGCUAAGCAUUUGUGAGAGUGACCUUAUGGGACACUUAAUUUAUGACCAGGAGUCUGGUCCUGUGCAUCAUGCCUCAGUGGUGUGAGAAGUGAAUGUCAUUUUGAACUGUCAAGUGUUUCACUGCUUUUGAAUGAUGUGAAAUGUGGCUUAAAGACCUACAGACCUACUCUUACAUUAUAAGUUUUUAGGUUAUGUCAAAGUGAAACCUUAGGGUGAAGAAAGUUUCAAAGUGACCUAAGGUGUUUUGCUAGUACGGAAACAUUUAUUUGAUUAUUGAAAUUAAAACGCCUUUAGAAGGUGUUUGGUGUUAAAUCAUUACCAAGUAAUCUGGUGAACUUACUACUAUAAUUUGUAUUUUAAUUGGGUCUGGAUGGUAGAUGAAUGAACAGUAUUUUAGCGCCCAAUUCAUUUGUAAGUUGUGAAAGGUGCUUUGGAAGUUAUAUUGACCUGGUAAAUACCUACCUCCUCUCUUCUGAAUAAUGGAAAGGAUACAAAAUAAAUUACAUAUUUUUUUUUUCCAUAAAUUGAUAACCUCAGAGUAAUAAAAGACCAAUUACUGUGAAUUGGUGUAGAAGUUAUGAGGUAUAGUUUUUGUGUGUAAACUGAAGAUAUUAAAUUUUUUGAAUAUAUACUCAUAUUUUGAGUUUUUGUUAUUUGUUGGUUUAAACCAAAGGUAAACACUUCAUAGAAGUUUUUUUAAUAUAUAUAUUUUAAAAUCCAUCUUGAGAUUUCAUUAUUGUACUAGCUUGAAUCGCCUCAUGGUUACAGAUGAGUGAACUCUUUUGGUGAUGUCUUGAGCACAAGUGUGUUUCUCACAGCAUUACUGUUCUGACAUUCAAGAGAGAAAUCAACAUCUUCAUUCGUGUUAAUAAUGCCACUGACUUGGCUUGUGUUCCUAUGCAGACGAAUUAAAGUGCAUACAUUCAAAUGACAUGAUUUGCCUAAUUCAAAAAUGAUUGAAAUUAACUACUUCAUAGUUAUGAUUACAUUUACAGUAAUGAGAACUGUAGGAGUGACUAUGCAGUUAAUAUCUAUACUAAGUGUGAAAAUGAUGGUAGUCACACUUCUAUAUACAACUAAAAACACUGCCCUGUGAAAUGGUGAGUGAGUGCAUUUGUGAGAUUUCUUGGAACCAUAUAUAUGUUUUUUUUUUUUUUUUUUAUUAUACAAGAAAAAAGCUAAUGUGUGAGAAGUAAGACUACUAUAUUCAUUUCACUUUGGCAGUUUAAGUAUUUAAAAAUUUUCAAAGUGUAUGAUGGCUGUGGUUAAAUUUGUUUUAAUGCUAAAGAACAUUUAAGAUCAAAUUUUUAUAUAUUUUAUCAACUGUAAAAUAAAUUUUCCUUACAAAUUAAUUUUGUAAGAAUUUUUCUUGGUUCUACUUUGCCAUCACGUCAUCAAGACAAUACUGUGUUAGUUUUCAUCCUAAGGUUCCACGUUGAGGGUGUACCAAAUGGAUAGACUGCUGCUACGAUAUGUGCUGCUGUUGGCUAUAGUUAGUUCACACACAAGUACAAAUUACCUAAGCAUUACACAUUGGAAAUGUUUUUGUUGGAAUUACAGCUUUCUAAAAGUUAUGUGCAUGGGUCUAGUAUCCAGCAUAAUUUUUUCCCUACUAAGAAUAAUUCAGGGGAAAUUUUUUAGAAUGGAGCUGUUCCUAAGUUUGUGAUGCUAAUAUUUCAUUUCAUUAUAAGAAAUGAAUAUCACAAAGUUCUUGCUUUUCCAGUUAAAUACCUUAAAAGGUAAAUCUAGGAGGUAGAUUAUUGCCUUUUUGUAAUAAAUUCUUUCAUUGA